UGAUCCACUGCUGCAUGUUGAAACAUACUAACCGUCUACUAUUCGCUAUUAUUCUACCGUGGCCUAGCUAGUUACUUUAUGAAAUACUGACUAAACGUCUAUACCUUUUUUACUACUCCGAUCAGAUGAUAGUUGCAAACAUGGACACCCCUUGGUGGGUUUUAUCCUCGCUCAGUCAGCUUCCGCCUGAAGGCCAUCCCUGGGCACGCGUCGGAGGGCGAGAACAAAUUCGCACAGGAGUGGAGAACGUCUGGUUUUUGUGGAUACCCGCGAUCCUACACCAUCGGCAUUGCCCGAGGCGAAACUGCAACCUCGCCGUUCUCCAGGAAGAGUUUUCUUUUUUUUUUUCUUCCUUAAACAACGGGCCCUCUCCCCCCCCCGGUACCGUUCCUGCCGCGGUUGCUCCGUUAACCCGUUUAUAUUUGUCAGACUUUAUCAGGAUUUUUUUUCUGGCUGGUUCUGGAGAUACGAGAGCAGGAUUUUUGGUUGCCGCGAGCAAGCCAAGUGUGCAAAGAGCGGUAAAGGGAAGUUGGGUUAUUGUUGGGGGGAAGGGUGGGAUGUGGAUUGGAUGGGUGGCAUACGCAUGCCAUGGGAGCGCUUAUGCAACGCUUGUGCAAGACGUGCUCGAGCGGACGUGGUUGCGGCGAAUGGGAUGAGGGGCGGGUUUGCCGCGGCGAAUGGGAGGGGUUGGUUGAGACAAUGAGAAACGGGAAUAACAAUGCGAAUCGACGCUCCGGGCGU